ACUAUCAAGGGAAAAUUACACCCCCUUUUCUCAGGGGACACUUGGACAGCUGCAGUCAGCCGGCAGAGCGAACUAUGUACCACGACAGAAUGUGAUUUUAAUAGGGUUGCAUUAGGCUGCCUGCCACUGCGCCCAACGGGCAAAAAGCUAUAAACAGAAGUCCGACCAAAGCCUACGAAAACGCCCAACCCCGCAGCCGAGCAAAACGGAAUCCAAAAGGAGCUGCCCGACAGCAGUGCCAAAAGAAGGGAAGCAUGGCAUGCAAGGGAGGAAAGCUGAAUUAGGAUAGCUUUUCAAAGACAUACAGAUGAGGUCGCACAUAGUGACCAGUCAGUUACUAAAAUUAAAUCACAUGGUUGGAAAGUAGCAAACAUUGUAAGAAAGAGGCUUUAUCUAUCAUUUCAUCAACUCAACAAUUUAUUUUCUUGUUUCUUAUCUGCAUCUUUCCAUCUUCCGAACAACACAACAUGACGCCCCCAAAGCCUAUUAUUGGGAGCGGAGUAUGGGGUCAUUUCUUAGGAGAAGACGAGAUCCGCAGCCAACUGAACGAUGCUGAAAGACUGAGAAUUCUACAUAUCGACUCUGGAGCCCACCACCCCUAUAGCAAGCCGGGAUUGGCAGAAAGGCUGCUUGGGGAAAUAGGAUACCAGAACCAGGGCUUCACCGUUGACUCCAAGGUCCUCUAUUCGAAUGGUGGAGACGGCACCUUGACGGCUGAAGCUGUGGAGAAGUCCAUAGACCAGACAUUGUCUAGCCUGAAAACGCAUAAGAUUAAUAUCUACUAUGCUUUGGCGCCCGACCGCACCACUCCCUUAGAAGAACAGGCGGCCGCGUUCGAUGCCCAGUAUCGCCUAGGGAAGUUCUCUCAGCUUGGAAUCUGCAACUUUCAGCCUGAUAUGCUCGAAGAAUGGAUUAAAAUCGCCGAUGAAAAAGGCUACAUCAAGCCGACCGUCUUCCAGGGACAAUAUAACAUUCUUUGCCGUGGAUACGAAGCGGAUCUCUUCCCACUACUCCGUAAACAUGGCAUAUCAUUCAACGCCUUCGGUGUACUCGCGGGUGGCAUGUUAACUGGCAAGGUCACCUUCUCGAAUGGCCCAGAUGACCUCAAGGGCACUCGCUUCGAAGUGUCUGAGACAAACGUGAUCGGGAUAUAUGGUAGGAAGUGGUACGACAAGCCGUGCUUCCAUGACGCAAUUCGCAGAAUGGCAGAGCUGUGUGAUACAUAUAGCGUGAACAUUACUAAUGCGGGCUUGCGAUGGAUCAUGAACCACUCAAGGCUGGAUGGGGGUCUGGGAGACGGCGUCAUCAUCGGGCCUCGCAAUAAGCAACAACUCGACCAAUACAUCCUUGGGAUCCAAGGGGGGCCCCUCCCUAAAGGGCUUGUAGAGGGACUGGACAGCAUUUGGGAUAAAGUGAAAGGCGAUGCUGUAGAUAUGCUUGUCUACUGAGUCUUCUCGUCGCACUAGACAUCCCCGGGCAGCACUACAUGUCCUAAUCGUACUGUAGCGGAGGAGAGCAAGUGUGCAAUAAGUAAUAUAAUUAGUUCGUCAAUUAGCCAAACUUUCGUUGCACAUAAUGCUAUUACUAAAUUGGCAAUGGUUGAUGAGGAGCUUAUCUUCUGGUGCUUCGUAGUAGACACAUGAGCAUGCCUAUGUUGCAGUAUAACCCGUUGCUGCUUAAUUACAGAUAAUUAGUAGUAGAACAUUGGUAGGAGCCAUGGUACUGCACGACAAAUGAGCUUGCUUCUGGUAGAGGCGGGGCACAUAACCUUUAGGUGUCUUGGGCAACCUGGGCCUGUUUUGCGCUGAAGUCCCGGUCCCGUCGGGCAGUUAGUUCUGUCUGGCGAUACCAAGAUGCAGAAUGCGCCCAGCUGAAGACAGGUGGGU